AUGCGCACGACUCAAUACGCCCAACCCUCUCCCAAUAAAAACACAAGCAAAAUAAAGACCGAACUCCUUGCACUAAUUAAAAGGAAAUACACUUCUUAUAAUCACACCACCCAAAGCAUCGUCUUAUUUUUGCCGACAUCAACCACCUCGCUCUACAAACUCAUCUCGUUUUUUCCCCCCUUUCUAUCUUUCUGCUUCAUCCCUCGCUUUUAUUUUUCCUGUUCUGUUUUGUUUCCCCACCACUUCUUUUCACUAACGUCUUUUUGUUUCUGUCUUUUAUUAAAUAAGUUAGAAGUUGUAGGGGGGCGCUGCGCAUUGCAAGGAACGCUUUCAUCCCUUAAUAAGGGGAGUCUCUGUCACCUGCCCUUUCACAUAAGCGGACUUCUCUCCGUUCGAAGCCCGUCGAAUAGAGAAAGGAGCAGAACUUCUUACCCAACCACUUCAUUUCUUUCGUUCUUGUAUCCUUUUUUUUCUUUUCUCUUUAUCUCAUGUAUUCGUUCAUUCAUUCAUUUUUGUGCUUUUCUUUUAGUUUUUUUCUUUCAGUUUGUGUUGUUCCAUUUACUCUUUCUUUCUUUCUUUCUUUCUUUUUCUAUUGAUCAAUCGACACUUUCAUUCUUUAUUUCUUUUUCUAAUGUUCCAUCGACUUUCUUUCUUUCUUUCUUCAUUUUCUAUUGCUCAAUCUAUUACUUUCUUUCUUUCAUUUUUCUAUUGCUCAAGAGAUCAUUUCUUUCUUUCUUUCUUUCUUUCUUUCUUUCUUUCUUUCUUUCUUUCUUUCUUUCUUUCUUUCUUUGUCCUCCAUUUCUCUCCCACACUUAUUUCCCUUAA